AUGGAACCACGAGACAGGCUGCCUGAGAAGGCCUUACUCUUGGGCGACGAAGAGAGCAAUGCUCCCAGUCCCAAAGAUCGCCAUCAAUCGCCUGGUGUGAGGCUGGUGGCCAUCCUUGUGGGAGGUCUGCUCCUCCUACUCGUGGGACUGGCCCAUGUUCGGCCUGGUAGUCUGCGAUCGUUCUCAUUGCUCGGCUGCCUUAAAGGUCACCACAAGACGCCACACCACAGCAAAUCGGACGUCUGUCUCACACCAGCGUGUAUCCAUGCCUCUUCGGAGUUUCUGUACAAUCUGUCGCCGGACUAUCAACAAAUCGAUCCCUGCACCGACUUUGAAGAAUUGGUCUGUGGAGGGUGGAGAGACCGCCAUGACCUCCGACCGGAUCAGGGCGAUGCCUUCACUGGGACGAUCAUGGCCGAAUCGUCUGAACUGCUGCUGCGCCAUAUCCUGGAGGCUCCAUACCCGGAUAGCUCAACGCAUUCGUACUUCUCCCCGGCCCAGCUUGACCCCGCCUCUGGUUCAGUCGACAAGGACAACUUUGACAAGCUCAAGGCUGCUUAUGACGCUUGUUUGGAUGAAGACACCAUCCGGGAAAUUGGCGUCGCGCCAUUAGUAGAGAUUCUCGAUGAGAUAUCGAGUCGAUUUUCAGUUGCCCGCCAUCCCCAUUCCGCUGACAACGAGGACCUCUCAGAAACUGUUCUCUAUCUAGCGAAGCUUGGAGUCUCUGCAUUGGUGUCGUCCGGAACAGGGGCUGAUGAUAAGGACCCGGAUACAGUCGUUGUCUCGGUGUCCGCUCCCUACCGGAUUGGCCUGCCCGCCAAGGAACUCUACCUAGAUGAGAAGAUCGUGGAAAGAUACGAGACGGUAGUUUCGCAGGUCAUCUCUGCCCUCAACCUGAGUUCCAUCCAUGAGACCGCCGAUGCUCAUGCGCUUGUCGAGUUUGAGAAGAAGCUGGCCGCGGCAUCGCCAGAUGCUGAAGACCGGGAUGAUGUGACAAAAUACUAUAAUCCUACGUCUCUCGCAGAGGCAGAACGUCUUACCCCGCAACUACAUCUAUCUAAGAUUCUCAAGAGCUUAGUCCCGUCGGACUACGACCUUGACCGGGUCAUCGUCAUGGCUCCAGAGUACCUGAAGGAUCUAGCCAACUUACUGGAUGAGACAUCUGAGGACACUCUCCGUGCCUACUUCCUCUGGAAAGCAAUUCAGGCGUACGCAAGCUACGUGGAGGCUGAUGCAAUCACUCCCUACCGACGAUUUUCCAACGAACUGCAGGGCAAGGACCCUGACUCGAAGCCAGAGCGAUGGAGGACCUGUGUUGGGCACGUUGAUGACGGGCUAGGCUGGCUUUUAAGCCGCUUCUUCGUCGAGACAGCUUUCUCUGCCAAAGCAAAAGAGUUCGGUGACCGAAUCGUCUCAGAUAUCAAGGACCAGUUCAUCGAGAAACUCAAGGCCACAGAGUGGAUGGAACAAGAAGUCAUCGACCUGGCAAUCAGGAAAGUCCACAACAUCGUCCAGAAGAUUGGCUACCCGGACAAGAGCCCGAACAUCCUGGACCCAGAUUCACUUUACAGAUACUACGAGCGGGUCAAUAUCAACUCAUCGGCGUUCUUCGAAAAUGCGGUAUCAAUGACACAAUUGGAAGUUGCCCGUGAAUGGUCUGCUCUUGGUAAACCAGUGGAUAGAGAUCAGUGGGAUAUGACUGUGCCAACCGUGAAUGCCUACUACAACCCUCCAGGCAAUGAAAUUGUCUUCCCGGCCGGAAUCAUGCAAUUCCCCGUCUUUGACGUGAACGUGCCGGAAUAUGUCAGCUAUGGAGCCUUUGGCUCUGUAUCGGGCCACGAGCUGUCUCAUGCCUUUGAUUCGACCGGUCGCCACUACGACCAGAACGGGAACUUCACAGACUGGUGGACGGAAAAGACGGUGGCCAAUUUCAAAGAGCGCGCCGAAUGCUUCGUGCAGCAGUACUCCAACUUCACAGUGGAUGGUGCUGACAACAAGCCCUUGCACGUCAACGGCCGACUCACCUUGGGCGAGAACAUCGCCGACGCCGGCGGCCUCUCUGCGUCGUUUGCCGCGUGGAAGAAGAGGGCGGCGAAAUCGCCCAACCAGGAUCUUCCAGGACUCGAUUUCUUCACUCAGGAGCAGCUGUUCUUUGUGUCCUACUCCAACUGGUGGUGUGGGAAAACCAGGAAAGAAACGGCCAUCCAGCGCAUCUUCACGGACCCGCAUGCACCCAAGUGGGCGCGGAUUUUGGGCACCAUGGCCAACUCUCGCGAGUUCAAGGAGAGCUUCCACUGCAAACCCAAAGAACCCGUCUGCGAGCUGUGGUAG